AUGGCUGCCGUGGCCUACGACAACAAUCACUACGCCCCAAACAGACGGCAGUCCGUCUACAACAAUGAAAAGACCCCUCCGCCCUCAGUGAUCCCGCGAGGAGCCCGCGAUCGCAGCCAGAGCAUCAGAGUCAGCAACGGAACCGUCAGCACAAACGACAGCAUGUCGUCGGGCAGGAUGUCACAAGCCACCAACAUCACCCAGCCGCCGGCCUACUCGAAGAAAUUCGUCGUUGUGGGCGAUGGCGGCUGCGGCAAGACUUGUUUGCUGAUCAGCUACUCCCAGCGCUACUUUCCAGAGAAAUACGUCCCGACCGUUUUCGAAAACUACAUUACUCAGACUAUCCAUGCUCGGUCAGGCAAAGCGGUGGAGCUCGCCCUGUGGGAUACUGCUGGGCAGGAGGAGUACGACCGACUUCGUCCUCUGUCGUACCCAGAAACGGAUCUCUUAUUUGUCUGCUUUGCUAUCGACUGCCCGAAUUCGUUGGAAAAUGUGAUGGACAAGUGGUACCCCGAAGUCCUCCAUUUCUGCCCUACCACACCGCUCAUCCUAGUCGGCCUCAAAUCGGAUCUACGCAACAAGAGAUCAUGCAUCGAGCUUCUCAAGACACAAGGACUGACCCCAGUCACCCCAGAGCAAGGCCAGGCGGUUGCACAACGUAUGGGCGCUGCCUAUAUCGAGUGUAGUAGCAAGGAAAUGACCGGUGUCGACGAGGUGUUUGAACUGGCCGUCAACACUGCAGUGGGCGUCGAAGAGCAAAGCUACUCCGAUUCAGGCCCCAGCGGCAAAGUUGCGCCACGAGGCCGCAAGAUCAAGAAACGGACCUGCAAGAUCUUGUAA